AUGCCGCGAGGAGGGCGGCCGCGACACGCCCUCACCUUUCCCAUCGCCCUCGUACUCGUCCUUGCCCUCAUCGCCGCCGCUGGCGUGUCAGGAGUGGCGGCGUCUAACGCCACUCUCGCCCCGCCGCCGCCAGGUGCCCCGGUCCCGAUCUGGCUGCCGCCGCUGGCGACCAUAGCAGCCAGCCCGGCCGGAACCGCCGCCUCGGCCGCCGCCUCGCUGUGGCUUUUGCCACCGCUGGCAUCGCCCCCGCCUGAUCGCGCGUCGGCUAUGCCGCGGAUGCUGGCCACUCUUCCGCCGGACGCUUGCUCUGCUGGCUGCGUGGUCCGGCUCGUUGCGACGCUCGCCGCCGCGCCGCCGGACGAGCCGCCCGCAUCGCCCAGGGUCCUCCUCGCUGCGCUCGAUGCUGACGGUACAGCCAUGGCCGCACUGGAGGUUGGCCCGGUUGCCCUGCGCGUCGCCGGCCAGCGUAUCCUGCUGCCGCUUACCCUUCCACUCGCGGAUGCUGCCCCAUUCUCCCUCGAGAUGCACCUCGAAUCGGCCGAGCUGCGAAUCUCAAUCGCCGCCGACGUGGCCAACACUUCAGCGCGCGCCGACGCACAGGCGGCAGUCGCGCUUGCCCCGAUGUUUGUGCCCUCGUCCUUUGCUGUUGGCCCGGCGGUCGGUGAGCUCCUCCCGCACAGUCUCAGCGUGAUUGCGUUCACGGUCUCACCCAUCGGCGGCGCACCGGUCAUUAACCUUGCGCUACAGGCUGCUGAUGUUGGCGCGCCAGACAUGGCUGCCGCCUGUGCCGCCGCCGCCAACGGCCUGCCGCGCCCGGCUUCAGCGUCGCUGACCGACACCGCCGCUGCUGGCGGCUCGAUCGUCGUGGUCGGCGGCGAUGAGCCCGGAGCGCAGCUGUCAACGCGCCACUCCGGCGACGCUUCGCUCGCCCUUCCGCUGCACUUUCCUUCCAACCCUCCCGGCACCCUCGUAUCGGCCACGGUCUCGCCAUCGCCUCCAGGCCCACUGGCUGCGACCACGCCCGACGCCUUGGUCUUCAACUACGGCCUGUCAUCGGUGCCGGCACUCCCGGCCUCGGGCACUUCCUUUCGCCUCAACAUCACCGACGUGCUUCCAGUCGAACUCAUCGUGGCUCCGCUCCCGCUCCCGGUCGCACCGUCGACUGCCAUCGCUCUCGUCCCGCCGCAGCCCGCGGUCUUCACCCUCCCCGUGGCGCACGCGGCACUCGCCAGCGUGGCCGCGUCCGUGUCUGCUAUCCCGGCGCAUGGCACGCUCGAUAUGUGGGACGCGCAAGCUCUGGUGUGGACCUCGAUCACUGCCGCGCCGUAUUCGCUGCCGUCUCCGCACACUCUCCUCCGCUACACGCCCCCGCUGCAUCCGCGUGCCAACGCACUCGCCGCUGCGCCGUUUGUGGGCUACACGCUGGCGCUCGGGACAUACUCUGUUGGAGGCUCAAUUGCGCUCAUCCUCGUCCCGGUCAACACGCCGCCGAGUGCAUCGGCCGCCGGCGGCGCGCUGGCGCUCGAUGGGCGCGACGACGGCAUCGACCUCACGGCACUCAGUCUGCUCGGUCCACCUAUCACGGUCCAGGCGUGGCUUGCCCGCGCGCCCGCAGCGACACCCGCCGUGGUCAUUGCACUCGUCUCGGCGGCAGGCGGAGGCAACGCGUCGGUGGCGCUCCUCGUUGGGCCUGAUGGCUCGUUCUCGGUCACAGUCGCUGGCGCCAGCUACUUGGCAGGCAACGCCUCGCUUCCGAUCGCAGCAGUCGGCGAGUGGACCCACGUCUCACUGGCCGCGACGGUCGACGGGCAGCUCACGGUGACGGUGCAGAGCACCGAUGUGAGCACCAGCCCUAGCGUGGUCGUUGUCCCAGGGCUUGCCCUUUCACCGCCGCUCACCGUCCUCGUCGCUCCGGCUCAAGUCGCACUCCCGGCGGCGUUGGCAAGCCAUAGCGGGGCCUUUGCCGGCACCAUCGACGAGAUCCGAGUGUGGCACGAUGCGUCUCCGGCUCUUGCCGGCUCCAAACUCGUCACACAUCGGCUGGUUGGCAACGAGGCUAAUCUUGCGCUGUACCUUCCGCUGGACGAGCUGCCAAUGGUCGACGCGUCGCCGUUUGGUGCGACACUUCCGAUACUGGCGCCGCACGCUGCGCCCUCCCUCGUUGUCUCGGGCGCGCCGAUAGCCACGCGGGUGGUGACGCUGGAAGACACUACCGUCGAGGUGGCAUUUCCGGGUUUUGACGUCGAUGCGCGCGAGACGGCGUCGACGCUGGCGGUCUUUGUGACAGCGCUUCCGGCCCGCGGUGAGCUGCGGCUACUCGGGUCGGACGCGCCUGUGCGUGCGGCAGGAGCCGGGCUUGGCUGCCCGCUCCCGGCGAGCGGUGCGGCGCUGACGACAGCGCUGGCUGAUCCGGUCCCACCGGCCGCAACCGAUCCAGCAGUGCCCGGUGGAUACACGCCGGCACAGGUGCUUGGCGAGCCGAACGUCUACCCGUUCCACACCCGGUCGCCACUGGCCUGGCGGCCGCGCUUCGACUCGGCGACGACGCCGCUGGUCCUGGCGCUCGACAUCUUGCCGGCACCGGCGAUCGUGACGGCGAUCACCGUGUUCGAGACGCUCAAUCCGGGCUCGCUCUCGGCCGUGUACGCCACAGCCAAUGGGAGCCGGUUCCUGUGGUGGGCUGCGCCGCCGCUCGCCGCGCCGCUUCCGCUCACAGGCCGUGCGGCAGAGACGCGCGUUCCACUACUUCCUCGGCUCGAGCAUGUUGCCCGGCUUGAGCUGGUCUUUGAUCCGCGGCGACUGGCCGCCGAGGCGGGCGGCGAGACCGCUAUCGACGCUGUCGUUGUCUAUGGCGCCGGCGUCGCCACCGAGCUCGCCGACAUCUUUCCGGGCUACUUGCCGAGUGGUACGGCUGUCUUUACGCCCGAUGCCAACACCGCCGAUCCCGACUACGCCACCAUCGGGUACACCGUGUUUGACGCCGAGUGCGGCGUGGCGGCGCCUGCAGAGCUCGCCAUCGCUGUCGACGACUCGAACGACCGCCCUGUGGCGCUGACAGACACCAUUUCCUUCGACGCUGCCGCGCCCGAGGCGCUUGUCCUACUGCGCUUUGCAGACCUAGCAUCCGACGUCGACUCGCCGACACUGACCUUUACCAUCGCCACCGCGCCACCGCGCGGCGUGCUGUACAACACGCCUGACGGUGUGACCCCGACCUCGGUUCUCACCGCCGGCGACAAUGUCCUGCAUCCGGACGGGCUUUGCCUGUACACUCCAGGCUCGCCGCAGAUCGACGGCAUGGCUGCUGGUGCGCCGGCCUACGCCGUGAUCACGUUUACCGUCUUUGACGGCGCGUCGUACUCGCGCCUGCCAGGCGCGCUGACCAUCUCAGCGCUCUGCCCGUCGGGUACUGCGCGUGCCGGCGAGAGCAGCACUGGCGUCACCAUCGGCGACGACGAGCUUGUUGUGUGUGCACCAUGCGUCCGCGGCGCGUACCAGCCGUUCCCUGCGCUGACUGAGUGCCUCCUGUGUGAGCCCGGAAGCACGUCGCUGACCGGAUCGCCGGCUUGUGCGCCGUGCCUGCCCGGAUCUGCGGCGCCGACACCUGGGGCGAGCAACUGCUCGCUGUGCGCGCCUGGCCUGGUGGCUCCGGCCGCCGGGGCAGCGGCGUGUGAGUUGUGUCCGCCAGGCACGUUCGCUCCGGACAUUGGCCGCACCGUGUGCACCCCAUGCUCGGCCGGUAGCUACGCGGCGGGAUCGGCGUCGGCGUCAUGCACGGCGUGCCCGGCUGGAACAACAACGCUUGCCGCAGGCGCUGCCGACAAGGCGGCGUGCAUCUGCGCGCCGGGCUUCUACAACGCAUCAGCUUCGGCGACGUGCGUGGCGUGCCCGACGGGUGGGGUGUGUGCCGGCGGCGAUGCAGCGCCGGUGCCGGCGCCAGGCUACUGGGCAGCGACGCUCGAUGCCGAGGCUUUUCUGCGAUGCGCCACGGUGGCGGCGUGUCCGGGCGGGUCAGCGGCGCGGUGCGCGGUCGGAUACACUGGCGCGCUGUGCGCAUCGUGCGCGGCUGGAUACGCACGGACUGGCGCAGCUUCCGAGACGCCGGCCUGUGUGCGCUGCGACGGCGGGCAGGGCCAGGCACUGCUGGGCAUCGCAGUGAUGGCUGGACUUGCGGUUGCCGGUGUGCUGGCAACGACGUCGAGCGGCGGGCCGGGUGCGCGGCUGGUGCGGCGGCGGACGCUUGUGCGGGCGAUGGCGUGCCUCUCGCUCGGCGUGGCCUUCUUGCAGCAGGUUGGCGUUGUCGGCUCGCUGGCUCUGUCGUGGGGCCCGGGUAUGCGGACGAUGGGUCCUGUGCUGAGUGCAGUGUCGCUGGAUGCGACGCGGCUCCCACUGGGGUGUGCACUCCCGGGUCCGCCGUCACCGUCGGCACACUACGCGCUGCUACUGGCGCUCCCGCUGCUGGUCCCGGCCUGGCUCUGUGUGUUCUACGCGGCGAUGGGUGUGCGGGCGGCAAUUCCCGCGACGGUGGCGGCGAUGCUGCCAGCUGCAGUGACGCGGAUGUGGAAGCCACUGGCGGCGCCGCGGGCGGUGGCCACGCUCCUGGUCUUUGCGGAGAUCGGGUUCAUCGCCAUCACCACCACGCUCUUUCUCCCGUUCCGCUGCUUUUUGCAGACCGACGGCGAACUUGUCCUCGCCUGGGCACCCGACACCCGUUGCUACAGUGGGGCAUGGGCUGCGGCCUUUCUCCCGCUCCUUGUCCCGGCGGUAAUUGUGUACCUGGCGGGCAUUCCGCUGUAUCUGGCGCGGGCGGUGAUGGCGGCGGCGGCGCGGCCGCUGCGCCCGGCGCACAUCGCCGCCCACGCCCCGCUGUUUACCAAGUACCAGCCCCGGACGUACUUUUGGGGGCUUGUGGAGCUGACGGCCAAGGUGGCGAUUACUGCCGCCGCCGCCGCCCUCGCGGCCUCGCCGCUCUCGGCUGCGCUCAUCACGCUCACGGUGGUUGCUGCCCUUGCUGCCACGCGGACGACACUUGCGCCGUUCUUUGAUCCGUCUGUCAACCGGCUAGCGACCGGUCUCGCCGUGGUGCUCUCGGCCUUGCUUGUCCUUGCGCCGCUGCACUACGUGCCCGCAGCCGGCACGCCUGCCCCCGUGGUCGCCGAUCCCGCGCUCGGAACCGCGAUUUCAAACGCGGUCAUCGUCCUUGUUGUCGGCGGGGGGUGGCGGCCGCGGUCUGGGCCGGCGGCAAGCGCGGCUGAAGCCGCCGAUGCGGCGCGGGCGGCCAUUGUGGCAUCGCUUGCAACGCUGGGCACGCCGCGUGUCCUAGAAGCCAUUGCCGGCGACAAGGCUGGUGCGUGGCCCGAACUGGCGCCGGCCGAGCUCGCUGAGCUCCGUCGCGGGCUCGAUGCGUUGUCUGCAGCGUAUCUCGGGCUCCACGGGCCGACGCCGCGGAUUAUGGCCGAGGCCGACACUUCCCUGGUGGCGCUCAUCACGCCGCGCGACGGCGGUGACAACGAUAAUGGCGCCUCGUCGGUCCUCUCCGAGUCGUCAUCGUCUUCGAUCUCGCCAUCGUACUCGUACGUUGAGUACUCGGACGCCACCGUUGAUGCCGAGGCCACCAAGGCUGAGGCGGCCGCGCGGGCGCGGGAGGCGCGGGCUGCUGCAGCCGCAGCACGACAAGACGCGGUCUUUCUCACCGCCGCGCUUGGUCCGUCACGCCCGGGAUCGCCUGCUAUCUCACCGCGGGUGUCGCGCCCGGGCUCGCGCCAGAGGUCCCUACUCGGCUCGCGCCAGGGCUCGCGCUCGAGCUCCCCGGCAUCGGUCCUCACAAGCCGGCCGCGGUCGCGGCCACGCGUUGAGUCGCCGAUAAUGAGCCGCUGGUCACAGUUCCUCGCUACGUCGCCGCAGCCGGAUGCGUCACCUCGUCUAGAUGUCUCGCCGGCCGUGAGCCGGAGAUCCAAGACACCGAUGAGUGCGCGCAGUGUUUCGCUGCCCGGGGCGGCGCUUGAAGCCAUUCCACGCAACCGGUCUUCGCCGUCACUCACCUUCCUGGCACCGAUCCAAGAGCCAGACGCGUACGAGCCGGAUGCGCGCGAGGGCGGUGGGCGGGUGUAAGGAAGAGUGCGUGUCCGUGUGGUUUGUUACUGUUUGGCAAAUGAAGGGACAAACGCG